AUGCCGCUGGCCAAGUUGACUCCGGAGCUUCGUUCCUGCUGCUUCUCAGCUGUUCCCGAUAGCUCGGGGCCUGGUACCCCCACCGAACCAGAGGAUGUGCUCAAGGCAGAGGACAAAUGGUUUGAGCAAACCCUCAAGCUCAUUCAUCAGGCAGCAGCUUGGACAAUUAGAGCAUCAAUGGCAGCCUUGUUUUUUACAAGAUCUUCACUACGCUGUUUUCACCAGCUUCAGGAGAGACUCCGAAUUGAAGCACACCAAGAUCUCAAUAAGAUAAUUGCGGUGGCAGAGUUUAUGGCAGACACCACUCUGAGCUCAGCCAAGUUCGCUUCCAGAGCCAUGGCUUCUUCAGUGGCAGCCAGGCAGCUACUUUGGCUACACAACUGGCAAUCCGACUCCCACCGUACAUGGAAGUUGGCAUCGGCUCCAUGCAUGGGCAAUAAGCUAUUUGGCGACGUCCUUGAACCAUACUUGACAGAGACCAAGGACAAGAGGAAGGUCCUCUCUUCAGCAGGGAAAAGGUCCGAGUAUCACCCCAGGCCAUACUUUUGCCCCUCAUCUUUCAGACCCGAAACCAGCUCUUGGUUCUCUAGAGGGAGCAGAGGGGACCAAUGCACUUUGGAGUGCCUGACCUCUGGAUCUCCUCUACACCUUUCCUCCUCUUCCAAUUAUUCCGGUUGUAAUUCAGAAGUUGUUGGAGGAAAAGGCAGAGCUAGUUCUCCUGGCACCCCAGUGGCCCAGGAGACUCUGGUUUGGAGAUUUGGUGAACCUGUCUGUGGCCCAGCCAUGGAAGAUUCCAACAUCCAAGAUCUCCCUGCAUCAGGGGUCAUUACUUCACCCAAACCCCCAGUGGUUCAGCUUAACCAUUUGGCGCUUGAGCAGCAAUCUAUGAAGGCUUCCAACUUUCCUGAAAAGGGCACAAUUUUUAGUGGCUUUUACCUCGGGCAAGAGAGUGUCGGAAUUAGCAGCACUCUCGGUAAAUAUGCAGAAGAUAUCUUUGGAGAACUUUUCAAUGAGGCACAUAGUUUUUCUUUCCGAGUGAAUUCCUUACAAGAACGUGUGGAUCGUUUAUCUGUCAGUGUUACACAACUUGAUCCAAAGGAAGAAGAGCUUUCACUGCAAGAUAUAACAAUGAGAAAAGCUUUCCGAAGUUCCACAACUCAAGAUCAACAGCUCUUUGACCGCAAGAGUCUUCCAAUCCCUUUGCAGGAGACUUAUGAUACCUGUGAACAGCCACCACCACUCAACAUCCUUACUCCUUACAGAGAUGAUGGAAAAGAGGGUUUAAAAUUUUACACAAAUCCUUCAUAUUUCUUUGAUCUAUGGAAAGAAAAGAUGUUACAAGAUACAGAAGAUAAAAGAAAGGAAAAGAGAAAACAGAAGCAGAAGAACCUCGAUCGUCCUCAUGAACCAGAAAAAGUGCCACGGGCUCCUCAUGACAGGCGCAGAGAAUGGCAGAAAUUAGCCCAGGGACCAGAACUCGCGGAUGACGAUGCCAGCCUUUUACAUAAGCAUAUUGAAAUUGCUAAUGGUCCUGCCUCCCAUUUUGAGACCAGACCGCAGGCAUAUGUGGAACACAUGGAUGGACCCUAUUCUCUUUCUGCAUUACCGUACAGCCAAAUGAAUGAACUUCUUAACAGGGCAGAAGAGCGUGUUUUAGUAAGACCCCAUGAACCUCCCCCACCUCCACCAAUGCAUGGAGGAGGAGAUGUGAAACCCAUUCCACCCUGUGUUAGCUCUACUGCAGCUUUGACAGAAAAUCGCCCUCAAUCACCUGCUGCUGGCAGAACUCAAGUCUUUGUGAGUCCCACUCCUCCCCCGCCUCCUCCCCCUCUUCCGUCUGCUCUAUCUACUUCUUCAUUAAGAUCUGCAAUGACUUCCACACCUCCCCCUCCAGUGCCACCCCCUCCCCCUCCUCCCACCACUGCUUUACAACCUCCAGCUGUCCCUCCACCCCCUGCACCACUACAGAUUGCUCCCGGAGUUCUUCAUCCAGCUCCACCUCCCAUAGCACCUCCCUUAGUGCAGCCCUCUCCUCCCAUCACUAGAAUUGCCCAAGUCUGUGAACCCGUUCCAGUUCCGCCAAGUGAAAUUCAAGGACUCCCUCCACCGCCUCCUCCUCCUCCACUGCCCCCUCCUGGUGUUCGUCCCUCAUCACCAGUUUCUACUCUUUCUCACCCGCCCAGCUCUACUGUCCCAGGCCCUCACCUUCCCAUAAUGCCUCCAUCCCCAUCCCAAGUCACUCCUGUUCCUGAACCCAAACGGCACCCAUCAACACUACCCGUCAUCAGUGAUGCCAGAAGUGUCCUCCUUGAAGCAAUACGAAAAGGUAUUCAGUUGCGUAAGGUUGAAGAACAACGUGAACAAGAAGCUAAACAUGAGCGUGUUGAAAAUGACGUUGCCACCAUUUUGUCUCGCCGCAUUGCUGUGGAAUAUAGUGAUUCAGAAGAUGAUUCAGAAUUUGAUGAAGUUGACUGGUUGGAGUAAAACGAUUAUAUGCUACAAAACUGAAUGCCUAGUGUCCAUUGUGGUGCUUGUUCUUUGAAAAUGUUUGGUCAUUCCUAGUGUUUUUGUAUUUUCUUUAUAUAAUCUAUGUUUUUCUAUUUUUUAUUUCAAAAAAUGUUGGCACAUCUUUGGAACUAAAUGUUUUACAGUGAAGACAGUUCUUUAAAAAGAGCGUCAUUUUGCUCCAGUAGACCAUUAAGUAUUAAGCAUGGGCAGCUGUUGAUAGAGUAGCAGACUACAUUUUCUGGCAUUUAACUGUGCACUUUGUGAAUUUUAAGUUAUGAAGGCAAUUAAGUCUGAAGUUUCAAGGGCAACUGCAUGUACUAAUAAGCUUUAUUAUAUUACAUUGCUAAUGCUGAAAAACUUGGAAAAAGGGGUGUUCAUCCAUCUGGCACUGCAAUCCCAACAUUUCAAUGGACCUGGAAUAUGAGAUGAACUUGAAGGAUUUACACCCUUGUAACCACUGCCUUGAUUACAUCUGUACAGGACUUGUAGUUUUAGCAGCACUGGAAUACUGAAAAAGAAGGGAAUACGGAUCUUGGGGGAAUUUUAUUGUUGUUGUUUUAUUAAAAAAUGAUGGCCUUAUUUGAAUGCUUUGGCGAUUUUAUUCCUUUUUACCUGUUGUAAUAUUUUCCCUACUUAAAAUUUUUGAUUUUUCUCCCCUUGUGAAACCAUCGGACUUAAGUCAUUCUGUGUAAUUUA